UUUGGGAAUUUGUACUGGACGAGAGUAUAAUGUGCAUUGCUUUUUAGACGUCAAGUGGUUAAUGGUGUCUUGUCUCGCGAAUCGGUCUGACUCGGCCCCCGGUUGCUGCAUUUGUCCCAAGAUGACCUGUUGAUGUCGGGAAAAGAUGGAGCCGAGCCCCCCUUCCUCCUCCUCCAAAAUGGAGUAGAAUUUAACCACAGAAUAUUUUAUGUGAAAUCCAAUGAUUGCGCCGCGUGCAUACAAAUAUGACUACUACUUAAUUUGCAUGCGAUUUGCAAGUAUGCUGCGGGAGAGUGGUAAUAAAAACGCAUGCAUAUGGAUGUUGCUGGGCGAAUCCAAACGUUUUAGGUAUAACGGUUAGAUUAGAAGUCAUGGUAUGUGCAGUGCUGUAACUCAGCCCGACAUUGCAUAGCAUUACACUGGCACCGAGGGGGCGAGGGAAACGGAUGUGGGCUCCUAAAUAAUUCAUCUAUCAGACUAUUUUGGUGACAGGAUUUUUGAGGGCUGAGCAGCUUUUACCUCUUUGGUCGCCGCAUCAAGUGUGGAAACCAGACAAUUGGGGAAUUAUUUCUUAUUUUGUUUUUUGCCCCCUGGGGCCCGUGCCAGCCCGGAGCUCGUGUCCAGCUGGGCAGCGGUGCGGGGCACACACACUCACCGGGUACCGCAGCCCCGCCGCGGCCGCCACAUCACAGAAACACCGGCGCCCGACUAUCAACAACUCUGUUGUGCUGGGCUUUACGACAUGGCUCAGAUGCUGCAGAUGGCGAUUCCCAACUUUGGCAACAAUGUCUUGGAGUGUCUUAAUGAGCAGAGACUUCAGGGACUGUACUGUGAUGUGUCAGUGGUGGUGAAGGGUCACACAUUUAAAGCCCACCGGGCAGUGCUGGCUGCCAGCAGCUCCUACUUUCGAGAUAUGUUCAACUCUGGAAGUAAGAGCUCCGUCGUGGAGUUACCACCAGCAGUCCAGCCUCAGAGCUUCCAGCAGAUCCUUUCCUUCUGUUACACCGGCCGACUUAGCAUGAACUUGGGUGAUCAGUUUCUCUUAAUGUACACGGCAGGAUUCCUACAGAUUCAGCAGAUUAUGGAAAAAGGCACAGAGUUCUUCCUAAAGGUCAGCUCACCAAGUUGUGAUUCACAGGGCCUUCACACAGAAGAAACACCACCCUCAGAACCCCAGAGCCCUGUUGCUCAAACUGGAAGUGGUACUGUAGGUGCAGUCCCCACAGCAACAGCUCGACCUGCUUCCUGCCUAACACCCCUUCCAUUGGUGUCAAGGGUGAAGACAGAACAGCAACCUCAGGCCCAGCAGCCCCAACAAGAAGCAUCAUCAUAUUCAGUGGUUUGCACUCCAGUUGCUAAGCGUCUUUGGGAGGGAGGUAGCCGUGAAGGAGGUGGAGGAUCAGGAGGAGGGGGAGGUAUGAGGAAAGCACCCCGCUAUUCGCAGGACGUGUCACGGUGCACAGGAGGGGCACCCCCUCAAAGUGCAGCCUUAUUGGGUGGAAGCGGUACCAGUAAUAGCAACAGCAACAACAAUAACAACAACAGCAGUAGCACACCGGAAGGCACCAGCCCAGGCACACCCAGCAUGUACACCAGUGAUUCGCCAAUCUCUUACCAUGACGAUGAUGAAGAAGAGGAAAUCACAGAUGAAACCACAGAAGAACAGUACAGACAAAUCUGUAAUAUGUACACUAUGUACAGCAUGUUAAACGUAGGGGCAACUGCCAGCGAACGAGUGGAAUCACUUCCAGACCACCUCACAGCUGAAUCAAGGGGAAGAGGAGUUCGAGUGAGGCAAGAUCUGGCCUCUCUUCCCACUGAGCUCAUUGCACAGAUCGGAAACCGCUGUCAUCCUAAACUCUAUGAAGAAGGUGACCCUGCUGAGAAACUGGAGCUAGUAACAAGCACCAGUGUUUUUAUUUCACGUGCUCAGCUGAUGAACUGCCACGUUAGUGCGGGCACACGCCACAAAGUGUUGCUCAGGCGGCUCCUUGCUGCCUUUUUUGACCGAAGCACCCUUGCAAACAGCUGUGGGACAGGCAUUCGGUCCUCCACAAAUGACCCCAACCGCAAGCCACUGGACAGUCGGGUUCUCCAUGCUGUUAAGUUUUACUGCCAGAACUUUGCUCCUAGUUUCAAAGAGAGUGAAAUGAAUGCGAUCGCUGCAGACAUGUGCACUAAUGCACGCCGCGUGGUACGCAAGAGCUGGAUUCCGAAACUGAAGCUUCUGAUGGCAGAAAGUGAUGCUUACGCCAACUUUCUUCCGGAUGCUGCCAAAAUGGAGUCUGAUGGCUUGGCUGUGGAGCAUGCUUUUGACACAGGAUCCCUUGAAGGUGGUACAGCCUCAGAAUCAGGCCAGUCAUCUACAGAUGCCCUGCAAGGUGUGAGCGGGGAUGGUAACAGCUUGUUUUAGUGAGUAACACUACCGUGCUUCAGCUAUUCUUUCCUCUUCCACUCCUCCAUCAUAUCCCAGUCUCACCUUGGCGUUGAUGUCAUCUGGGAAUAAUGAAGUGUAUCUUUAUGAAGACUCUUGUUGAAUCCCACUUCAGAAGCUGGUCAUUUUUAUUUCUUUGUAGAUUUUUUUUUUGAUUGUACCUUGGAGGCCCUCCUUGUCAUACUGCAGAAACACAUUCCUGAAAAGGAGGGACCUCUGGGGCCAUUUGUUGUGAGCUGAAGGGGAAAUGGUGUCUGGAAGCUCUUAUGCAGUCUGUAAACACUGUCAUGAUUCUGAAUGUAUCUUUUUGGAGAAUCCAGAAAUUAAUGUUGCUGGAAAUAAGAUUAUAUUCACCUGUUAAUAUUUAGUGGCUGUAUAUCUGCUUUCUGGACCCCAUUUCCUCUUUCUGCACAAACAGCUUAAAUUUUUUGGUCUUUUAAAUGACUUAUAUAUACAAACAACAUUUGUAAAAAAAAAAAAUUGCCAACUUUUCCACUUUUUUGUUUUGCCAAAUAUCCCAAGAGAGGCAGUGUAUAAUUUAUGAUUUUAAUGAAUUAGUAAGAGG